AUGGCUAACCUAAAGAUCCCUGGAUCAGAGCAGUUAACAACAAAUAAGGUGCUUAAGUCUUCCAAGGGCAAGCGGAAAUACCAUAACAAGAGCAGGAAAGGAUGUACGACUUGCAAAAAAAGGCGAGUCAAGUGUGAUGAAAAUAAGCCCAUAUGCAACAAAUGUGAGCACUUGGGCUUGGACUGUAUCUAUAUGAGUCCACCACCUAAGAGGCUCAGCUCCAGUACGAGUGAUGGCAGUCCAGCUAUAACAGUACCAUUGUCGUCUGGGCCUCCUCUUGGGGCCACUUCUAACUCACCCUCCAACCAGUACACAGGAAAUCUGAACAUGCUAGAUCUAAGGCUAAUGUAUCACUACAUAACUAAAGUUUGGCAUACGAUAACAGCAGCUGGUAUAUCUGAUGCCAAGAUCUGGUGUGAAGACAUUCCUAUGCUGGCUUUCAAUUAUCCGUUUUUGAUGCAUUCAAUUUUAGCCUUCAGUGCUACACAUCUUUCACGGACUGAAAAGGGGUUGGACCAGUGUGUAACUUGCCAUAGAGGCGAUGCUCUACGUCUCCUACGUGAGGCCGUACUUGAGAUUUCACCAGCAAAUACUGAUGCCCUGGUGGCUUCAGCUUUAAUACUAAUAAUGGACUCUCUGGCCAAUGCAUCGUUACCUACUUCAACGUCUCCUAAAUCACUUCCAGCUUCGGCCUGGAUUUUCCACGUUAAGGGAGCUGCCACUAUAUUGACAGCUGUCUGGCCAUUGAACGAAAGUUCCCGAUUUCACAAAUUUAUAUCCGUUGAUUUAAGUGAUCUGGGAGACGUUGACCUGAUGGGCGAUAAUGCCAAUGCUAACCACCCACAUGAUGUGAAAUAUUCCCAGUUGUUAUGCUUUGAUGAAGAGCUAACCGACCUUUUCCCCGUUACUUAUACGUCACCUUACCUUAUUACUCUGGCUUACUUGAACAAAUUGCACAAUGAGCGAUACAAAUCAGAUUUUAUCCUGAGAGUUUUUGCCUUUCCAGCUUUGUUGGAUAAAACGUUCCUGACUUUGUUAAUCAAUGGAGACAUUUCUGCCAUGAGAAUUAUGAGAUCGUACUACACGCUUCUCAGAAACUUCACUGACGAGAUGAAAGAUAAGGUUUGGUUUUUGGAAGGCGUGUCAAAGGUUCUUCCAGUAGAUGUUGACGAGUAUUCGGGAGGAGGAGGAAUGCAUAUGAUGAUGGACUUUUUAGGAGGUCCUUCUACUUUGAACGAUAAUGACACAAAUGACAUUGCUGACAAUAUAGCCCAGUCUGGCCUUUUGGAUACCGACAAUUUGCCAAGUUCCAUAACAGACAACUUAGAUAUCAUGCACAGUAGUAUAUAUGAUGAGUAA